AAUCCAUGCCCGUGAGCGCUGCAGGCGGUCGUAUCACGAAUGCACGAUGCGCGCCAUAUAAUUGGAGCAAACGUGUUCAAACAACGAGACCAAAGGGAACGAUUGAAAGCCUUGACCUCAAUUGAACCCACCCAGGAACCCCCUUGCCCACCAGCUGAGCCUCAGCUCGGAUCACGGAGGCAUUAUUUUUAUUCUUGCAUACAAGAAAGGAGCGAAAAUAGUAUCAUCAUAAUGAUGGAAGCUGGCGCUGGAUCUUGACAUCUUGAAAGAGCCGCAUCGGCCAAAGCGAACCGAAGCCCGGCCGCCAUCAGUCAUCUUGAACCUUCACCGUCAGCUUCAUCCAAUCUCGAACCCACCUCUUCAGCUCAUCGUUAUUACAGACUAUCCCUAUUGUUAUCAAUUUCUUUCUUGUUCUCGCCUCUCCAGAGUCUCCACUGCUGCUUUCCAUUGUUCGUUCCAUUGGUUUGUUUCCCCAUACCUCUCACUCUUUUGUCAUUGUUGUUUCAUUGUCGGGCCCGCACUUCUCCAGGCUAUCCCUAGUGGAGUGGAUGGGAUAAUAACCCCCGAGAUCGCAGCACAACCUCACCGACGCCGCGCUGUUCCGGACCCCCAGUGGCCAGUUGUAUCGCUGUUUGCCCCCAACCUCUCGCUAGUCAACUCAAUCGUCACUCGCUUCUCCACUCCCCAAAUCUUGCGACUACUUCUGCACGCUCCAGGCGACUUGUUUCCUGCUUGUUGAUUGCUUCUAUUAGUAUAUUGAGAGGAUUCAAGAUUUAUCCCUCUGUUAUCCCGUAUUCAGCACUGUCGAGAGUCUCGAUCGUGUUGUGAUUACACACCUGGGGGUCCUCAAGAGCGAAGCUUUGACGAUCAUCGGGUCUCCGUUGAUAUCAUCUCUUGUACGUGCAACUGGCUGAAUAAAACUGGGCCUGCGCUGUUGAUCUGCUGCUCCAUUGAAUGUGGAAUUCAUCUCCUGCCACAACAAAAACUUCCAAAGAGAAUAACUGCGAAUAUCAGGAGGACUUGGAUUCCUACAGCCUGACUGCGAAGCCCCUCUGGCUCAUUCUGGAUCGUGAAUGCUUCCGAAUCCUGGCAUGACCAUUUGACGAGAAUAUCCAUUCAGAGUUUUACAGAGCUGAACGACAGGGCUGUGAUAACAGAUACUCCUGCCUUCCCCUCGCUUAAGCGCCUCCCUUGCGUACAAAUUCCCCGACUUUGCGAACCGCCUCAUUGUGGCCCAGAUUCAUUCCGCAAGUUGCACGCAAUAUCCAGUUAUCCCACACACAUUUCCUCUUACAGCCGCGCUCCUUUUGGAAAUACUUCUUUCUGCUUGGAUAACAAGAGGUCAAUUGUCCAGGAGAUACCUUAAGAUAUCAUUCACAAUACUGCAGGAGGAGAGCGAACGACGCCGCCAAACAUGGCAACCGUAGUCGCCCCGGAACAGUCACAGCACACCCUACCUCCUCUCCUUCCAGCUCCAUCAAACAGAUCGCCCCCCCCUCCAGACUUCAAGCAACAAAAUCUUCCUCAGCUUCCGCGCCACCCUCCACCUCCUCCACCUAAUCAUGAUCUGAGUCAGAUCCUUAAUUCUGCUCCCAAGAGAAAACCUCUGAAGCCCCCCCCGCUCGAGGUUCUCGAUAAUGCUAUUGUCCACAAUUCUCCUGUCUCUCCUGUAGUCAUUGAUCCUCCGUCAACCCUGCCCCAAGCUUCCAGUGUCCCAAUAGAAGAUGAUGUGAGAACCUUCCCUUCUAACUCCUGGCGACCGGACGAGUUGAUGCUGGAUAGUCCUGGCACAACACAGCUCCCACCACGCCAGAGCUCACUUUCACCUACGACCAACUCCACCCUCUCUUAUCAAACUCUCCCGUAUCGCCACAAACUUUCGGAUAGCGUACCGGAAUCUUUACAAAGCAUCCCAGAGCGCAAGGAUUCGCUACAUCCUGACCAAUCUCAGCAAAUGACAUAUAAAAUCAAUCAUAGCGGAAGCCGUGGUGGCUCAUCUCGAGGUAGCCUUGAAAGCAUACCCCAAGAGAAUGAGUUAUAUCAACCAUUACAGUAUCACCAUAUGGCUUUCGAAGAGAAUGUAUAUGAUAGAAGUGUUAACCGUGGGUCAAAGAGCUCCAUAAAGUCUGCCUCUGGCUCUUCCUUGGGAGGUGAGCCAGGACCAGGGGUAUAUUCGCAAAACUAUUUGGCGCCAGCACGAGGCUCAACGCAUGGACUUACAAUUCCACGACCCAUUUCAGCAUACUCGUCUUCGUCGGAUCUUGCAGCGCGAGGCCGAUCUCCACAGCUCUCCCCUAAUAUUCAUGCCCGUGGUGUCUCUGCACAUUCCGCCGCGUCACCAGAUACCCGACCUCUCUCUUUCGUAGACCUCCUUAACGUACCAUACCCUCAGCCUGAGCCAGGCGCGGGAACCUUGGAACAUGCCCAUCUACGCCCGUUGGUUGGAAACAACGCAUCCCUCCUUAGCCACAAGCAAACUUUUGACAUGUAUUUGGCCAAUGUUAAGAAGACAAAUGAUCCUGCCGCUCAGUACGAAUUUGCUGUGUUCAUGAUCAAUUCCAGCCAAGCAACCGAGGACAGCCAAGCGCCUACUGACUCAACACAGCCGGAGAAAUCCAAAGAUAUAACUAAGGCUAGCCUAUUACGAGAAGCUAAAUCAAUCCUCCAACGCCUUGCUGACCGUAGUUAUCCCUAUGCCCAGUACUACCUGGCAGAUGGCAUUGCGUCCGGUCUUCUUAACAAGGGUAAACCCGACUAUGAUAAAGCGUUUCCGUAUUUUGUUGCUGCGAGUAAGCAUGGCCACGCAGAGGCUGGCUACCGUGCUGCCCUAUGUUUUGAAUUUGGCUGGGGAACCCGAAAAGAUGCAGCCAAAGCUGUCCAAUUCUAUCGCCAGGCAGCAUCAAAAAAUCAUCCGGGAGCGAUGUCAAGACUCGCCCGUGCAUGUUUAGAUGGUGAAAUGGGCCUCGUUAAACGGUACCGGGAAGGUAUUACUUGGAUGAAACGGGCAGCAGAAUCUGCAGAUCACCAAUACAACUCUGCGCCCUAUGAACUUGGCCUGCUCCAUGAAACCGGAUACGGGGAUGACGUUUUCCAAGACGAAACGUACGCCGCGCAACUAUUUACGAAGUCUGCGGAGCUAGACCACCCCGACGCCGCUUAUCGCCUAGGAGACGCUUAUGAACACGGCAAGCUUAACUGUCCUGUCGAUCCAGCGCUCAGUGUGCAUUUCUACACAUGCGCUGCGCAAUUGGGACACCCCAUGGCGAUGAUGGCAUUGUGUGCGUGGUACAUGGUUGGCGCUGAGCCUUUGCUUUCAAAGGAUGAAAAUGAAGCAUAUGAAUGGGCUAAGAGUGCGGCUGAACUAGGUCUCCCCAAAGCACAGUAUGCUGUUGGCUACUUCACUGAAAUGGGCAUCGGAUGCCGCCGCGACCCCCUCGAAGCCAAUGUUUGGUACGUCAAAGCAGCUGACAAGGGUGACGAGCGAGCGAAGCACCGCAUGGCAGCAAUCCGGGCAGCAGCAUCUGGUGCAGAUCCCAAGUCCGCGGCGUCCAAACGACGAAAUAAAGGAGAUCACCGAGCUGCCUCUCCAGAUGACAAAGGCAAAAACAAAAGAUUCAUGAUCUUUUGAUUUAUUUUGAAUUUGAAUUUUGAAAAGUUCGUUUCUUGAAAUCUAGUUUUCACGCCUCGCAUAUACGAUUUCUCAGAUUCAUCCACGGUGCCUUUCUUGCCUCUUGAAAAAUCAAUCAGGUCUGACGUUGGAUACCGCCGCAUAUAUUUGAUGUCGUAAUAUUUUGAUAUCUGCCCGCUCAUACAUAUACUUUUACACUAAUAUCUCUCGUCAAUUUAUCUUCCUGGCUGUGUCCCACUAUCUUGUUUUUAUCAUUCACUACGAUACCAUACUUUAUUUUACUGACCAUAUACUAAUUGAAAGCUAACUUCCCAUUUUCCCGCUGGUUGUUUUUUUCUUCGUUGAGAAAAACGCCUUUCCUAUGCCUCUUUCCCCUCAGGUCUAUGCUCUCCUAGAACUGUAUUGUGCGAAUUUUCGUUCACGCAUGAUGCAAGAUAUGGCUCUAUACCUCUCCGUUUAUUUAUCCUGCUCUGCUAGUUUCCUACUUAAACCCUUUCUUCCCCCGCCAUCUCGUCGUUUUCCUUAGAAAAUGGCCACACCUGUCGACAUAGCGUUCAGGUAAUGAAGAGGCUCUCAGGUGUUUGAUACAGCGCAGAAAAAAAUAAAAAAUAAAAAUCGAAUCCGGGGUCCAUAUAUAAAGGGGUCAACUAAUCAUCUCUCUUAAAAAUGCUUACUUGUUAUUUGAAUUCUUUCGGUUUCGGUUUCCUUGCCCUCUUGGAGCUAAUUGUUAAUGCAUUGAUCUGAUGACUCUUGGUUCCUUCUUUUGUUAUUUCUCUUUCUGUUCCGGCAUGGCUCUUGACUUAUCUUUUAUUUCUGUUGUUGCUCUUACAUCCUCUUUUUCUUUUAUUUUAUUUUUUUAACUUUUACUCUGGAUCGUUCAUGUCUUGUUUCUUCGCUAUGAUUGGUUUUAUUAGGUCACAUACACAUACACAUACACAUACACUUAAACAAGACAAUUUAAUCCUGGUUUUUAACCAUAUCAACACAAA